AUGUUCGACGACGACACUUACGAGAUACCGCUCCAGAACCAGAGGCCCUUUGGAGCGGGCAUCAAACGUCAAAGAGUGAGAUUCGUUCCAUCAAGCGCGAAUACGCUCUCGACGGCUUCAUUGCCCAGCUCCUCAGGACAAUCGGUGAGCGACCUCUAUUUGAAGAUGGUUCUACCAGGUGACCAGAAACCUGCUUCGUCAUCCGAAGCUUCACUAUCAAGCAAUACCGAGUCUGCUCUGGGUACUGCCGCCCAAAUUUGCGAGAUCUGCAACCUUUCUCUUUUUGAAGAGUCUCCUGCCUCCGCAGAACCAGAUGCAUUAGGUAUCCACCAGACCUCAAGACGAAAGCCUCAUGAAGCAUCUCUUGCUCAUCAAGUCUGUCUCACUCACUCACAUCCUCCAUCGCACCUCGAUCGGAACCGCAAAGGCCUCACAUAUCUCUCUGCGUACGGAUGGGAUCCAGACUCUCGACGGGGGCUAGGAGCAUCAGGUCAGGGCAUAAGAUUUCCUGUCAAAACGAAACCAAAGGAAGAUAAGAUGGGUAUCGGAGUCAAGCUGGACGCUGGUAAAGUCAGGAAGAUGUAUGAGCAGGACAGAAAGAGAGGCGAGAGGUUGAAGGAGAUGUUCUACAGGAACGAUGAUGUUGAGAGAUAUCUUGGAGGAGGUUGA